AUGCUUUAAAAUCAUUUAUUAAUACUAAAUAAUAUAUGUUUGCAAUACUUAAAUUAAAUUAUGAUAGUCAAUUCGGGAAAUCUGAUAGUCAAUAUUAGACACGAUAUCAUGUCAAGAUACGAGAAAAUCAGCUAAAUAGGUUAGGGCACAUUCGGGAAGGUCUACAAAGUGAAAAAUUAAGCCAAUGAAUUGCGAGCAUUAAAGAUAAUAGCAAAGAAGGACUGUGCCAUUUAGAAUGAAAUAGAGAACAUGAAAAAAUUAGACCAUCCGAAUAUCAUGGCUGUUUAUGAAAUAGCCUAAGAUGAAUAGUUCUAUUAUAUCAUCAGUUAAUUGUGUGACGGAGUUGAACUAUUUGAUGAGAUUCAUAAAAGAAUUAAGUCAAAUAAACAAUUCUCAGAAGAGGAGGUUAGAUAUAUAUUCAAACAAAUUCUGAGUGGUAUAGCAUAUGCACAUGACAAAAACAUAAUCCAUAGAGACAUUAAACCAGAAAAUAUAUUAAUUGAUCCGACUGAUCAACAUGUCAAGAUAAUCGAUUGGGGUUUGAGUAAGGAUCUCACGAACAUCGAUUUUAUCAAAUAGAGAAUUGGAACUAUUGAUUAUGCAGCACCAGAAGUAUUGCUAGAGAAAGGUUAUGACAAAAAAUGUGAUUUAUGGUCUUGCGGUGUCAUUUUAUAUAUAUUAUUAUCUGGGGAAACUCCCUUUCCUGGUUAAAACACAGAGGAGAUAGAAAAAAAAAUUAUAUCUUAAAAAUUCAAUAUGAAAUAGAAGAUAUGGAAGACAAUUUCAGUGGAGGCUAAAAAUUUAUUAAAAAAUUUAUUGUAAUAAAAUCCCGCAAAGAGGUACAGUGCAUAACAAGCCCUGGAGAGUGAAUGGAUUUAAAGGAAAAGCGAAGUGGGUUCAACUGAAAUAUCUGCUUAGGAGAUGUAGUCUAGACUUUAGCAUUUCUCGAAUUUUCGCUGUGAAAGCAAAUUGGUUUAGGCCACUCUUCAUCUUAUGAUUCAACAGAACUUAACUUAAGAAUAAUAACGAUAGAUGAGGAAAACCUUUUAAGAACUGGAUAAAAAUGGAGAUGGUAAAUUAAGCAUGGAAGAAUUGAAGGAACAUUGUUCAAAUGGAAUUGAUAUUAAAGAUUUGUUUAGUAGAAUAGACACUGAUCAUAAUGGUUUCAUAGAAUUCACUGAGUUCUUAACAGCUGCCGUAGAUAUGAAGAAAUUAGUUUCUGCUGAUUAACUCAAACAAGCCUUUUAAUUGUUAGAUGUAAAUGGAGAUGGAUUUUUGGAAAUUGAAGAGAUUAAGAAGAUGUUUAAUGGAAAAAUUUAGGUUUAGGAAGAACAAUAAUGGGAUUAAUUGCUUUUAGAAAUGGAUGAAAAUAGAGACGGUAAAAUAUCACUAGAUGAAUAUAAAGAAGCUAUAACAAAGUUUAUUGAUACUUCGUAGAACUCAUCUGAGAUUCAUACUUCAAGUAAAGUUUAAGAAUUUGAACCAUCUAUCAUUAAAAAAGUAAAAGUAAAUGAGUCUCCUUAUAAACUAAGAAGUAGAAAAUUUAAUUGA